UAGGUUUUGAUUACAAGUGGAAGGCAGGUCUUGGAAAUACGGGAUGGCUACUAAUCAGCUUUUACAGACUAGGCAAAAGAAGAAGUCCUCUAAGGAAUCAGUGUUGUUCCCCAGCAGAAUCAGUACUGAGCAGCAGUCUGUGGUGCUGGUGAAGAGGCUCCUGGCCAUCUCUGUGUCCUGUAUAACCUACAUGAGAGGGCUCUUCCCGGAGAGCUCGUACGGAACUCGCUACUUCGAUGACCUCUGUCUAAAAAUUCUGCGAGAAGAUAAAAGCUGUCUGGGAUCCCUGCAGAUAGUCAAGUGGAUCCAAGGUUGUUUUCAUGCUUUGGAGAGGCAAUAUUUGCACAUUGCUCUCCUCGCAAUUUACACCAAUCCCAAGGAACCGGAGACAGUGACUGAACUGUACCAGUUCAAAUUCAAGUACAAGAAGGAGGUGCCCCAGAUGGACAUCAUCAGCAACCAAGUGAACUUUGUGGAUGGGGUGUGCAGUGAGGAUGUUAAACAGGCCAGCAGGCUCCUGAUCCGGAAACUCUACCUGCUAAUGCAGAACCUCGGCCCACUUCCCAAUGAUGUUACCCUCACCAUGAAACUCCUCUACUACAAUGAUGUAACUCCUGAUGACUACCAGCCCCCUGGCUUUAAGGCAGCUGGCAGCCCUGCUGACCUGUUGUUCGAUGGUGAUCCUGUCAACCUGAGAGUAGGGUCAGUCUCUACCGGCUUCCAUCUCAUAAAAGUGAGAGUGACAACUGAAAAGAAGAGAAUGGGGAAGGUUGAGAGCAACCUGAUCAAGAGGAAUGGCCCUACUGAGAUCUCCCAUCAAGGGUUAGACUGUGAUGAAGAGGAAGAAGAGGGGACCACAAAGAGUCACCCUCUCCCUGUCAAAGCAGAUUCAAGUGAGCAUGGAGAGGACAAAAGUGACAGAUGGAAAAUGGAAGCAUCUUCUUACCUUCAAGAUACAGGUGGAAAGAAGACAACUGGAGUCAAGGAGAUGGGCAGGAUGCUUUGCUCAAGGGGAUCUCAGCAGAUAAACUGCCUGAACCUUGCCUUUAGCCAGGAAGAGGUAACAGGACCCAAGAAGAAAAGGAAGGUCAGUGAACCAGAGAAGCUUCUUCUGGAAGGCAGGAAAUCAUGUUAA